AUGAGCCAUUGGUACACAAAGAAGAAAGGAAUGAUUGCUUGUUGUUCUCCUUUACUAUAUCAGUGGUUUCUUGAGCAUCUUCUGAAGACAGGUGUUUGGGUAGAACAGACAGAUACUAGUUGGCCUCAGAGAUUGGGGUCGCUCCGAUCCAAAGAUCUUUCUUGGUAUUCUAAGGAAUACAUCAACAUGGACAUCAUAUUCAGCUGUGGAGAUUUCCCUAAUAUACCCCUUAUUGGAACUCAAGGAUGUGUUAAUUCUAACCCGGUUCUAUCACUAAGACAACUUGGCUACCCGAUGGAAGGCCCUCCAGAGGCAAGGUCUUUGGAAGCUUUCUUGUUGCUUGGCUUUGAGGUUGAGAAUCCUAGUUUAUUCCAACGAAUCAGAGAGGCUUGGAAGAAUGUCAAUCGAAAAGGGAGAGCUGAUUUGAGGAGAGCUAAUGGGAUUACAAAAGAACCAUAUUUUCAUUGGGUAAAGGAAAGGGUGGAGAUGAUCAAAAUGUCAUUUGUCACUCGGACACUUAUACCUCUUCCUGAACCUAGGCUCACCCAUAUCCCUAUCGAAGAAGUGGAUGAACUCAAGACCACCAUGGCAAAAUUAGAAAGAGAGAAUGAAGAGUUGAAUUUAAGACUCCAAAAAGUCAUCAAUGAGAAAAACACCAUGAAGUGGGAGCUUGAGAGAAAGGAUGUACAACUUCAAGCACAUGUGGAAAAGUUUAGCAAAUAG